UGUGUGAAGUGCGCUUAAGAAGAAAGGAUGACUGGAUGCAAGUGUCAUAAAACAGCGUUGAAAUAGUGAUAAGUCGUUAAUGAAUGUUUUUUUUUUCUUCUUUUUCCCCUGCUUGCUCCCAGACUGAUUGUAUGAAAACGUCUCACUGAAGAGGCUUCACUGUCUGCGUGCUGCUGACGCACGGCACAGGUGCGCACCUUCUCAGCUUGUUUUCGUCAAAGGCUUCAAAGUUUCACCACUUACUGAAGACGACAUGGAAAAGUCCAAAAACUUCAGAAUCGACGCUCUCCUCGCCGAUGAGACUAACCGUGGCGGUCGAGACGUUUCCCCGGGCCUGAGCAGCGACAGCCCCGGGAGCAGCCCCGUCUCCUGCCACCGCGCCGACACACCAUCCCCGCGGAGCGCUCACCUUCAGACGGGAAUAAUCCCCAAACCGAGCGUCCUAAAUUUCCCGCACCCAGGCCUGGCUUCUCUGACACCGGGCGCCAUUCCCGGUAUGUACCCGGCACCGAUGUAUCCACUGAGCGCUCUGGGAGGGCAGCACCCAGCUUUCGCAUACACCGGCUUCACGCAGCUGGCACAGGGCUAUCCGGAGCACCUGAAGGCGGCUGCCAUGGCGGGAUCUCUGCCCCUGGAGCACUGGAUCCGAGCCGGGAUCAUGAUGCCGCGGAUGCCGGAUUACACCUCAGGCCCUCAGUCCGGCCUGUUGGGGAAAUGUCGCAGGCCUCGUACGGCCUUCACCAGCCAGCAGCUCCUGGAGCUGGAAAACCAGUUCAAACUGAACAAGUACCUGUCCAGACCCAAGCGCUUCGAGGUGGCCACGUCCCUGAUGCUGACCGAGACGCAGGUCAAGAUUUGGUUUCAGAACCGGAGGAUGAAGUGGAAGCGGAGCAGGAAAGCAAAGGAGCAAGCAUCCGCCUCCAGCAAGGCGGAGGGGGAGCAGCUUAGAGGUGGAGGAAAAUUAACCAGUGACAAAACAGACGAGGCCAGACGAGGUUUAAAUGUGGACGGCAGACGGGCAGGCUACGGGUUGGAGGACGGAGAGGAUGGGGAGGACGACGAGGUAGACGAAGAGGAAGAAGAAGAGGAGGAGGAGGAGGAGGACGGGAGCCAGCAUGGGUAUCGCAUCACCGUGAGCAACAAAGUUGAAAUAUCACGGUCCACAGACUUCUUGCAGCACCGGAGCAAGCUCGGCUACAACCCCCUCAGCCCGUUCUCUGAUGAUGAGCUGGAGGGGGUUCAGGUAGGAGGAGGAGAUCGGAAGAUUGGGGCAGGACUGUGAGGAGACCCCAGGAAGACCCCGAAUGUUACAGAGAUUCUACCAGGACAGCUGCUCAAAAAGCAGCUGCUUGUGUUUACUCUAAAAGACAGUUUCCAAUGCAGAAAAAUAAGUCUGUUUUCAUUUCCAUCAAAAAAGUAUUUUCUUUUUUCUUUUAAGAAACAAAUCCCACUAAUAAUUAACACAGCACAUUCUGGACUAAUUAGUAUCUGAAUAAAAUCAAUUUAUACACUGUAAACUUUGUAGCAUGCGAAAAAAUAAGCUUUUAUCAUCCUGCAGAUAUGCCAUUUAUUAUUUGGCAACAUCCUGUUUGUUAAACCUGCUGACAGCUGGAGCUCAACCCUGAUAAAAACAGGCUUUCUGUAAAUGAAGGAUGUAAAGACACUCUGAGGACAAACAGCUUGUGCUGCGUUCAAGAGCCACGAAGGUAAAACAGGUUGCAUGGUACUGCGACGUGAACGUCACGUGUUUUGAUGUAAAUAUCACUGUUUGUCUGUCAUUGCUAACGUUGAUGAAUCCGUUCCUGUCGCUGACAUGCAAGUGAAUGAGUUUAAUUUAUUUGAAUGGUUGCAAAGAUGAAUUAGAAUCGUAUUUAUGUCAAACGUGUCUGUGGUACAACUGUGAAAUAAAAAAAAGUGA